AUGAGAAAACCAGUCGACUUUCUUGUCGUCAAUCUUGCUACAAGUGACGCAGUUUUUUCCGCUUUUCUUAUUCCUCGUUUUAUCGUGAUUCAUGCCUUUAAGCAUCCUCAUGGUCAAGCAGGAGACCUGAUAUGCAAGUUUUUUACUGGUGGGAAUUUAACGUGGACUGGGGGUGCGGCGUCUGUAUUUACCCUKGUUGCAAUCGCAUUGGAGAGGUACUAUGCUGUGGUGUUUCCACAUAUGAUAAGGCAUCGGUUUACUCGUAGUCAAGCYAAGUUUACCUCGAUAUUAGCAUGGCUCGCUUCAUUGUUAUUGAACAUCCCACUGUUUUUUGUUAGCGUCUACAGCGUCGAUCAAGACUUCUGUAUUGAGUCGUGGGCUAGUAUCGAUAUGUCUAAAGUAUAUAGCAUGAUAUGGUUUAUAUCCGUGGGCGUUAUUCCGUUCAGUGUCAUGGCGUACUGUUAUAUAAGGGUUAUCUAUAACUUAUGGGGACGGCAAAGCAGAACUACACCUGCCGCACAAUUAACAGUUUAUAGAUCAAGAAAGAAAGUCACUAAGAUUGUUCUUCUUGUAACUUUGGUUUACUUGUUCACGUGGUUUCCUUCGCUGAGUUACUAUGCUAUUGUAGCAUAUCUAGGAGAUCAGUACAGUCUAGGRUCUAUCAUACAUCGUAUCAAUCAAAUAUUAACAGCCAUCAAUGCAGCGUCAAACCCUUUUAUUUACGCGUUUCAAAGCCAUUCUUUCCGACAAAGUGUCAUUCACAUGUGGAGUCAAMGAACUGUCAGAAAACACUCUGCUAUUGAUCCGAUACCACUCCAGACUUUCUCUCCUGUAGCUAGAAACAUGACGGAUAAUAGGAGGUUUACAAUAACUGCAAGAAUAUGAUAUAUAAACUCAACUUAUAUGUACCUAUUAAAGAAUUCUAUAAGAAAUCCUGUAAUAUGCAGUGGUGCCUCUAAAAAGCGUUUAACCUCAGGACGUUCUAAAAAAGCCGUUUAAAGGACUUCUAUUGUGACCGUCUAACAGAGGCUGACCGGUUAAGGGGUGUCGAUGUACCACUGAAUUCAAAUGAGAACUGUUCCGUUUUUGAUAUUUACAUUUUAAGCGGUUUUGAUGAAUUUUUAUAAUUAAUAAAAGAGGAAGGCUAAAACUUGUGCGCUUCGUUUGUUAUAACAUACCACAGGCAACCCAUUAAGUAAUGAAUGCGUGACGUAAUUUAAUGUUAUCUUUGCAGCA